AAAAUCAGUUCUCACAGUAUGUCGACCCGCUUGAUGAAAUCGGGGCCAGAAAACGAAUCGAAUCGUCGACUCUCCGGCUCGUCGUCCGAGCGAAUGAUUUCCUCCCACACGGAAGACACACCGUUCGAGAUCACUCGCGAACCAUCCCUAGAUUACUGCCAGAGAUCGGACAAUUGCUACACGCUAUAUCCUUCGGAAGAGCGCGCGUCUCUUUGUCCAGUGAAUCCGGAUGCAACCGGUUUCCAGUUGGACGACCGCUCUGCCCUCUAUCUGUCAAGUCCCGAUGACGAGACGCGUGCGAAUGCUUCGACACGCUCAAAAACUAGUAACUCGAAACAGCAGAGAAACAAUUGCGAACUUGAUCAACGCUCCAGUCGUCGUUCCAGCGUGCAGUCCAGCCGUUCGAGAACAAACAGCUGCAGCAGGCCAACACCGUUAGGCAAUGGUAGAAGAGGUAGCACAAAUAGGAGGUCGAAAACUCGAAGAGCGAGUGCCACACGUAGAAAGGAUUCUGUACGACCCUUGAAGAAGGAUGAAAUAAAGGAGGCGCAGAAGGUCUUGGAAGAUGCUCAGACUCUAGAGCAAGCGAGGCGUCAUCGAAGGAUUGCUAUGAUCGUCCUGGGAACGUUUCUUUUCCUUCUGGCAGCUUCGGUUCUCGUGGUGGUGGUUACGUUAACACACAGCUCAUUCUUGAGUCCGGCUAUGGGCUCCAAGGAACUAGCUGAGCAUCGAGCUCAGACGUAAAUUAUCAUUUUUGUGAUACUUUCCACUAAACGGUUUUGAUGGGAUUGGUUUAAAGUACAGUUUCCUGAAAAAUUAAAAA